AUGAAAAAGAAUAAUCGAAGAAAGUAAACCCUAGAAUAGCAAGAAGAUUAAUAGAGAAAGAAAACAAAACUAGAAAUUCUAGAUGCUGAUCAGCAUAUUUCAAAAUAUAAUAACAAUUUGGAAAAUUUAAUAGAUAUUUUUACAAGGUACGAGAGAGAUGAUGACUUCACAUAAAAUCUAAUGACAACCUCUAAAUUGUCAAAAAUACAAAAAAUCCAUGACUUAAGUCUGGAUAACUUCAAAACUGAAUCAUUUUCAUUUGGUCCGUCAAUUGAAAAUGGUGAUUUUUUGUAAGGUGACAAAGUAUAAAAAAUUGUCUCAGUCAAGAAGUCUUCCUUAAAUGGUAAGUUAAUCGCUACCAUACUAUGGAAACCAAGGUACAUAUUUUAGUUUAUUCAGGCCUAAUGGUACAAUCCCAAAAUCAAAGGAAUAUUAUACAACUGAAGUUGCUAAAUACGCUCCUCAAGAUCUAAUUAAGUACUAUAAGAGCAGAAUGGUGACAACAACCAUUAUAGAAUAAUAACAAGAUUGUUGA